GGCAUUGCCACAAGCUGCCGGCCUCUAUCAAAAUCCAAUCGAGAACUCCACGCCGCAUAUUCUCCGUCCAAGGGAGCGCAAUUGGAAUGGCUUCACUACGAGCAUCGUCAGUGGUGCGGCUGCUCCGGGGCGCAUCACACACCCGAUCCAUCCUUCCCGCCACUCGUCGAUUCGAGAGCUCAAUCCCCCUCAUCCAAAAGGAGGAGUUGCCGCUGACGACGCCUCGACACAAUGUCCCGGAAUACGAUGUGCAUACCGACAAGGCGACAUCGACCUUCACCCCGGUCCCCAAGCGUGUGAUGGAUGGCAGUGAAGACGGCGAGGUGCUCCCGGCUGCCGUCCUGUCGGGCGCACCGGUGGAACUGCAGGCACGAACUGUUCGCAUCUACAAGCCUACAAAGCCAGCCACCCAAAGCGGCGACUGGAUUGGGACCAGGUGGCGGAUGGACUGGGACGUCCUUGGGAAAGGCCACCGGUGGGAGAACCCUCUGAUGGGGUGGCAGUCGUCCGGAGACUUCAUGCAAGGAACGCACAUCCACUUCAAGUCCAAGGAGGACGCCAUCGCCUUCGCCGACAAGCAGGGCUAUGAGUACUUCGUUCAGGAACCCAACGAGCGCCACAUCACGCCCAAGGCAUACGCGAACAACUUCUUAUACACACCAAAGAAGCUCAAGCAUAUCCGGACGAAGUAGGGUGUUACAACCAAUGAUCGGGAAAAGGGGGGGGGGGGGGUGUGUUGU